UCUCUGGCUAACUUGGGUUAUAAUGGCAUCACAAGUCAAAAUGUUACUUAGAAUGGCUCACAAUGGCCGUUACAAGAGCUUAUAAUGAGCUUAUAAGCCGUUGUGUUCCCGACUCUCCGGUUAUAAGGGACUUAAAUAUUUUCCCGACAAAUGGCGCGAAGUACUGAGCCUUACUGAGCCUACGAUCGCUCCCUAGCUUCCUCCGCACUCCAUGCAUAUGUCGAAGAGACAUCAAUUACGGAUACUGGUAGAGUUUGGGACCUCGAGGCUGUUCACUCCUCAAUUCCAGCUGUCAAACACUGCAAAUAUUCGCGGCGCCAGAUAAGGACAAGUGCCAGUGGGACUGCUUCCAUUCAAUGCUACGUGUCAAGUUGAAUCUAAAUGUGCUCAGCUGCCUGAUCAGAUGUCGUCCACGUUGACGGCAUAUGGAACGAGAUUCCAGGAUCCAGCUGACUCAGGAUUAGAAGAUACUAAUGCAGGAGGCGUCUCUCAUCGAUUCUCCCUUUAGUUUUCAUCGUCUCCACCUAGAUCACAGGUUCCUGGUCGCGAUGAAUUACAUGGACAACGUAGGUCCAUGGAAGGGCGUUCGCCAUCGAGUUCUGCGCAAUACAUUGCGGGGACUCCACCGCGGUGACUUGCCCACGUUGGGUCCGGGACAAAUGCAAUUGUAUUCUUUCUACACUCCGGGUCUCGCGACUGGGCUGUACGAUAUCGAUACUGUCCAACAAAUCGAUGCUUCUGGGCAAAAAAAGGCCAUCUCCGUCUCUCAGUCAUUCUUGGUAACCGCUCCCAGGUUUUCCAUUGAUGCCAGCUUAAUACAUUCGACUUUCCCCCUCUCUGGCGUCACGGCACAUCCAAACAUUCUUCCUCAUAUUGUCUUCAAUGACCCUCAUUUGCCCUGGCAAACUGAGAUCGGUCGUACCAGUGAGGAUGAUUCGAUGCGUAUUCCUUGGUUGGCCGUCGUUGCGUUCGAGCAGUCAGAACUGAAGAUGACCCCGGAGGACACGGUAUUUCCUUCUGGAUUUCAGGGCGAUCCACCAGCACAGUCGUUCACUCUCUCCUGCAACAUGACCCUUCAAACGCUAACUCAGGCUGGUCUCCGUUGCGCGGUCCCUGACUUGAAAGAGUCCUUUGAUCAAGAAUCUGCCUUGCCAGAGACAAACGUCGAUGUCAUCUUCCCGAAGAUGGACCUCUUUCUGUCUUUAUUUUCUGACUCUGCAAAUCCUCCAUCGAUUGACGUCGAUCGUUACAAAUAUCUCGCACACGCAAGGCAGGUUAAUACCACCCACAUGGCUGAUGCUGGAGUACUGGAUGAGGGAACAUUCAGUAUCAUCUUCUCUCAUCGUACCGGGCCCCUGUUCAGCAAGGGUGCUCCUUCAACGAUACCAAAGCCAUGUGUAGUCCACGUCGUUUCCCUUGACAUGGUGAAUCAGAUGCCAACCGCUGCUCCCGACGGUAGUGAGCGUGCAGCAUUGAUCUCCCUAUACAGCUGGACGUACGAUUGUCUUCCUCCCGAGACAAUCAACUUUGAGGACGUAAUGAGAGCAGUAGGGAAGAACAGCGAUGUGUUUGGUACGCCUAAAGGGAUUCGUGACAAAGCGGGAAAAGGGUUGCCAUCAGGUGUCCAGACUCGAAUUCAAGAUCGUAUCGAUGAUGGAUAUACACUUCUUCGUUACCGCGUUCAAACCGGGGAGGAGACGGUGGCGCUGACGCGUGGACCGCUCACCCCACGCCGAGUACAAAAUCCCGAAGUUGUUGACAAUGUUUGGUUUGAUGUCCACUCGAAUACAGGAGAAGAUCUCCAAAUUAUUGACACUGCCCUGGGCUUGAUAGAUAUUUCGUACUGCACCGCUUGGCAGCUUGGAAAGUCACUUGCAAUCGCAGACCAAGCAUUUUGUGCUGCCUUGCUCAGAAUCCGAGGCGAAGUCCGCAAUGCAGCGACCGAGCAAGCGAAGCAGGAUACACUCUCUCAGCAUUUCGAAGUGGCAACGUCAGAGCGAGUUAUCGGCUCGCUUCCAGAUACGUUCCAAAAGUUAACGACGCUGACACAGGACACACCUGGGCAGACGAGAUGGCUGCGUCCAUCUCUGAUACAAAGUCGAUAUCAAUACCUGAAGUCGGAUGACAAUGGUUUAAAUAGCCGAGCUCACCGUUCCCUUGUCCAGCAGCACCUCAUAUCCCAAGUCAAGCUCCUGACUUCUGCAGCAGACGGGAGUCAUUUUACGGAGUUCAAGGAUCCAACAAACACUGAUUGGAGCUUAGUAUUGAACUGGUUGAUGGAUAAGAUCUAUCUGGAGGGUAUUCCUCCGUACUAUCUUAUUCCUGACCCUACAUGGCUGCCGUCAGAGAGCAUCCGUUUCUUCUACGUCGAUAGUAAAUGGCUUAGUGCCUUAGUGGACGGUGCACUCAGCGUUGCCAAUCACCUGGAUAAGCAGGACAUAGUUCGGCAAGCUAUCAAAGGCCAGUUACUGAAAUAUCUGAACAAGGAUAUACAUCCCGACAUCAAGCAUCCUCCUCAGGUCCCGACGUACGGGUUCUACCUUCGGUCGGUGGCCGUCAGCGUAUUCCCGGAUCUAGUCAUUCGCGCACCAUGGCCAGAUCCAAAUGAUCUUAGGGCUGAGGUCCUAAGGCAUGAGAAUGUGAGGAAGGAUGCUAUGAUCGGUUUACUCGAUCGAACCCCUGGACAGCUCGAUCACCUCAUUCUCAGCCAGCCUCCUCAUCAACAAUGCUUUGCAUUUGGUCAAGAUGGAAAGCUACAGGAGGACUCGGUCACCUUGGAGCCUAGAAAGGUAUUUUCAGUCCAACCUCGCGAAGACAUGGAUGUCUUUCCGGAGGUGCAGUACACACGUGGGCCUGACGGUCUCUGUGACGUAUAUGACUGGAAUUGGCGUAUACUACGAUUGGAUAAUCUCGCCAAACUCAUUUUGGACACUCUCCAGGACGCACGCAUGAGUGAUCCCGACAUAUAUGACGGAACUGAGACCAACGCAGCGCUGAUAGGCAUCGAACUCAACGAUCCAAUAUACAGAUUGACGUUCACUGGCCCGAAUGCCCCGGCGACGGAUGUGGCGGCGAAUGUCAUGCCUGGAAAUCCGCCUGAAAGAAUGUCAACCUUCGCUUUGCCCGCCACCGAGUCUACUCGCACAUCCCCCGAUGACGAAUUUUCUCGUCGAUUCAUAACCCCACCUGUGGCCAAGGAACGCACACGAGGUCCCCCUCGCAGAACAAACCAGCCCCUUCCGACUCUACUCAUGGUUCCCAGAGAUUCGACGGAAGGCCCUCCGAGGGCAGUCGAGCCAGCCACGCCAUCUGUUAUAUCGACACACCAAGGUGCAGACGUUGACGACGUCGACACUUGUUCUCCCCGACUCGACGCAAAUUGUUUCACCUAUGGUCACGUUCCUUCACCAACUCCUGGAGAAGAUGAUGUCAAAAUGCUCUUAUUGGACCCUACAGGACGAACCGAUGUAAUCUUCAAACUCCAUCGCAAUUCAGUCGAUCCUGACACCACCGACUACAUCAGUAACAUCAAGCUACUGAUUCCCGUUGGCGAUCAAGCUGACUGUUUGUUGAGCUCGUUGCCUGGCAUGUAUGAUGCGCGAAUGCUCAACAAUUCCCGCAUUCUGCCUUUUAUCAGGAGUAUCAAUUAUGCUGGAGCGGAUGAUGCGUUAAUGCUCAAUGUUGUCAGCUCUGAUCUCCUGCCUCCAGUCACUAGCGAUUCUGGCAUUGUUAUCAUCGAGCUCAAACCGAAAGCGCAGUCGAAGUUGACUCCGCUCAACCAUAACGUGGACCUAUCCUUCGUGCUUAACGGAGCAAUUAUUAGACCAGAGGCCGAGGAGAUCAGGGUUCUUAUCAUCGAAUUUUACAGGAGUAGAGAGGGUAAUAUGAGGGUAGCUGUGAACGAAAUCUAUCCAAUUGGAGUGAAGAUGACAUGAAGACGGUUGUAUCGGAAUGCAUAUGUAGUUCGGAGCAUUGGUCUGACGUAACUUCUUUUUGGUUCUCAUUUCUCGACUUCGUGCUCAACAAUGUAAUGAAUACCAUGUAUCGUUCUCAAAUUCAGAACCUCUGUUCCCACUCAACAAUGACCCAUUUCUGGUGCAAUAGUGUUGUUUAAUUGAUUGAUGUUCAUUGACGCAU